AUGAGUUCCGACAUGUGCAGCCCUGUCCAAGGGAGCACUGCCACUGGUGGCAACAAGACAUCGUGGCCGGAGGUGGUGGGGAUGUCCGUGGAGGAGGCGACGAAUGUGAUUUUGAAGGACAAGCCUGAGCCGCAGAUCGUCGUGGUGCCGGCGGGGUCACCGGUCACCUUGGACUACCGCAUCGAUCGUGUACGCCUCUUCGUUGACACUGUUGCCGAGGUCCCCAGGGUCGGCUAG